AUUAAACUGACACUAAAACAGUCACAGCGGGGUGGAGCCCUCUUGCAGCUUACACUGAAGGAUAUGCUUAUUUGCUUCACAUUACACCAGGAUGAAUAGUAGUGGACCAGCAUACCCGUUAGCCUCUCUGUACGUUGGUGACCUUCAUCCUGACGUCAUUGAGGCCAUGCUGUACCAGAAGUUUUCUCCUGCUGGGCAGAUCAUGUCCAUUCGUGUGUGCCGUGAUGUCAUUACACGGAGAUCCCUUGGAUAUGCGUACAUCAACUUCCAGCAGCCUGCUGAUGCGGAAUGUGCCCUUGACACAAUGAACUAUGAAGUCAUCAAGGGUCGUCCAAUUAGGAUCAUGUGGUCACAGCGAGAUCCAGGUUUGAGAAAGUCUGGUGUGGGAAACAUCUUCAUCAAGAACAUGGAUGAGUCUAUUGAUAACAAGGCUCUCUAUGACACCUUUUCUGCUUUUGGUAACAUCUUGUCAUGUAAGGUGGUUUGUGACGAGAACGGCUCAAAGGGUUAUGGGUUUGUGCACUUUGAGACCCAAGAAGCUGCCAACAGAGCCAUUGACACAAUGAACGGCAUGCUUCUGAAUGAUCGCAAAGUGUUUGUGGGUCAUUUUAAAUCUCGUAAGGAGCGUGAGGCAGAGUUGGGGGCUAAAGCCAUGGAGUUCACCAAUGUGUACAUUAAGAACUUUGGUGAAGAUAUUGACAGUGAGAAACUGAAGACCAUCUUCACUGAAUUUGGUAUGACCCUUAGUGUCUGUGUGAUGACAGAUGAAAGGGGACGCUCUCGUGGCUUUGGAUUUGUCAACUUUGAAAACCACACAGAUGCCAGGAGGGCAGUAACUGAAAUGAAUGGGAAAGAGCUGAAUGGCAGGGUCCUGUAUGUGGGUAGAGCUCAGAAAAGACUGGAGAGGCAGGGAGAACUCAAACGCAAGUUUGAGCAAAUAAAGCAGGAGCGCAUACAACGCUACCAGGGGGUUAAUCUCUAUGUAAAAAAUCUAGAUGACGGCAUUGAUGAUGAGAAGUUGAGGAAAGAGUUUGCACCUUAUGGAACCAUCACUAGUGCAAAAGUGAUGACAGAUGGAGGCCACAGUAGGGGCUUUGGCUUUGUAUGUUUUUCUUCUCCCGAAGAGGCCACAAAGGCAGUGACUGAGAUGAAUGGCCGUAUUGUUAGCACUAAACCACUUUAUGUGGCUCUUGCCCAGAGAAAAGAGGAGCGAAAAGCCAUCCUCACCAAUCAGUACAUGCAGAGACUAGCCAGCAUUCGAGCCAUCCCCAGCCCUGCAAUACCCACCACCUACCAGCAGAGCUCUGGUUACUACAUGACCUCUGUGCCGCAACAUCAGGUUCGCUCUAUAUACAACACUUUACCAAACCUGCGGCCUGUGCCACGCUGGACAGCUCAUGCUCCAAGGGCACCAGCUCCAUUUACAGCUCAGUUUGUGAGGCAAGCAGUGCCACGCAGGCCCUGCACUACCAUCAGCACAGUCCGCCAGGCCUCCACCCAGGUUCCUCACAUUGUUAACAACACCCAGCGAAUGGCAAAUAUUGGGACACAGACUGCUGGUGGGAGAACUGGAGCUGUAGUCAGAGGAGUCGGUCAAUACAAGUACUCAGCAGGAGUCCGAAAUGUGCAGCAGGUCAUCAAUGCUCCAGCUCCUGUUGUUCACCAGGUGGUGCAGAAUAUAGAGCCGGCAGUUCAUGUGAGAGGCCAGGAGCCCCUUACUGCCUCAAUGCUGGCAGCUGCACCAUUAAAAGAGCAGAAACAACUCCUGGGUGAGAGGCUGUAUCCUCUUAUCCAGGCUUUGCAUCCUGCACUUGCGGGAAAGAUCACAGGCAUGCUUCUGGAGAUUGACAACUCUGAACUACUGCACAUGCUUGAGUCUCCAGAGUCCCUGGACUCUAAGGUUGAGGAGGCAGUAGCAGUACUUCAGGCUCAUCAAGCCAAGGAACUGUCAGCCAAGUGAUGAAGCUCUGCAUGCAACUGAAGGUCUGUGAAUGUUGUUCCAGAGAAUGGGGGAAAGGAAAACCGUUGAAAACAGCACUUCAGAUUCAUGUUAUUUAAUCCAUGGUUUGCACACUGCAAAUGUCCUUUUUCUCUCCACAAUGUUAAGUUUGUUCUGAUUUUGUUUAAAAAAAAAAGAAAGGAAAA